CCAGACUUACCCCGCGGCCGGCAGGUGGGCGGCGGGAAGGGGCGGAGGGGAGAGUGGCAUUGCCUGCUGGGCAUUGUAGUCCCGCCGGACCAGCUUCGGGGCCCCUUUCAGGUAAUGGGACUACAAAUCCCAGCAAGCACCGCGCGGCGAAGACCUUCCGGUCUGGCUUCUGACGUCUGCCCCCGGCACUGAAUCGGAAGUUCUGGGCUUCGGUGGCAUAGAAAUGGGUACUGGUGGGCGGGGUGGGCUGCGGCCCGGCAAGGAGAGUCCCGAGGGGGUGACAGCGGGCAAGGGGAACCCCGAAGAGGUGUCAGCCACUCCUCCUGCCGCUUCGGCCUCCUUCCAGUACAGGUGCAUCGAGUGCAACCAGGAGGCCAAGGAGCUGUACCGAGACUAUAACCACGGGGUGCUGAAGAUAACCAUCUGCAAAUCCUGCCAGAAACCUGUAGACAAAUAUAUUGAGUAUGAUCCUGUUAUCAUUUUGAUUAAUGCUAUUUUGUGCAAAGCCCAGGCCUACAGGCAUAUUCUCUUCAAUACUAAAAUAAACAUGCACGGGAAGCUCUGCAUAUUUUGCUUGCUUUGCGAAGCGUACCUGCGGUGGUGGCAGCUGCAAGAUUCCAGCCAGAACACCGAUCCCGACGACUUUAUCAGAUACGCCAAGGAGUGGGACUUCUACAGAAUGUUUGCCAUUGCUUCUCUGGAACAAGCUGCCUUUUUUAUUGGCAUCUUUACCUUCCUAUGGAUAGACGGAACCAUCGCGACGAAAAAGAACCCCAACUUCGUCUUGCUGCUGAAGGCAUUGCUGUUAUCCAGCUACGGGAAGCUCUUGCUGAUCCCAGCUGUCAUCUGGGAACAUGAGUACACACCACUGUGCCUGAGACUCAUCAAACUGUUUGUCCUCACAUCAAAUUUUCAGGCAAUCAGAGUGACGCUCAACACCCGCCGCAAGCUGUCCUUCUCGGCCAUCGUGUGCGGGCUGCUGGCGGAGAGCGCCAUGGUCCACUUCUUCCGGAGGAUGGAGUGGGACAUCGGAAGCGACUGCGCUGGCUACAAGUCGCAGGACUUCUGAGGAGCUUUAUUCUUUACUACUUGUGGCAUGGCCAGCUCCAUCUGAAAAAGAGAAGACAUAAAUACAACCGAACUCCUCAUUCCUGUGGAGUAAAGUGAACCCAAGAUUUAGAUAGACUGCCGGGAAAGAAAGCGGUGGUCAUGGCAUUCGAAACCCCAACCCUGCCACCCCUCAGCCCUCACCCCACCUACAGGAGACAACAAACCACAUGCACAGUCACAGACACGCACAGGAACCUCACACACACAGGAAUUGCUGCAGGACUGGGCACCAGCGAAGACACACGCUGUAGACACUGCAGGUAAGCAUUUCAAUGAAGAGAGGAACAUGCAUUCAGAUUCAUAAACAUCUCUCAUUCCCAUCUGCAUGCUUGUAUCUUUUCAUUUAAAUGUAUGCUACUGACUUUAAAUAACAUAUUUAAAAUAAUACUCUGUAUUCUUAUAACUUUUCUCUUAAUAAAGUCAGAAAAAACUAA